AUGUAUGAGUGUGACACCUGUCCUCGUUAUUUUAAGAGCUUGUUUGCCUGUCGUCGGCACAUGGAUGACAACGACCACUGGGCUGUGUUUGAAUGCGAGACUUGUGAUGAAGAGUUCAACUGUGAAGAGGAGGCCGAUUUGCACAUGAGCCGCUACAAACACUACGCACCUAAGAUUCCCUGCGACACUUGUGAUAGAAAAUUCCAUACCCAACGCUCAGCUGAUCAGCACAUGGACGCGCUGGGACAUUGGGUUCCUCCAUGGCCAUGUGAAACUUGCAACCUGAUGUUCUUCUCAGAAAGUACUGCAGAAAAGCACAUGCGGGAGAAGAAUCAUUACAGAUACUACUGCCGUCCUUGUGAUCGACGAUUCCAGAACGAGAACAACCUCAAGAUGCAUCUAAACUCGAAGAUCCACCGCGGCCAGGACAUCGUCUGUCCGUUCUGCAAGACUGGUUUCGCUACGGCCACCGGCGUUACCCACCACCUCGAGAGGGGUUCUUGCCCUCAUGCUCCAUCGCUAAACCGCGAAGCUAUCUACAAGUUUAUCCGCAGCCGUGACACGCAGGGCAUCCUUACGAAGAAAAUGCUCGAAUGGCAUGAAGAUGACAACGGGAAAUACACGGCCACGAGCCGUGCAUUCAACGGCAAGUCUUGGGAAUGCUACAUCUGCCACCGGAAGUUCAACACCAGUGCCGCGCUCAGUCAACAUCUGAACUCAACCGUUCAUAAGCAGAAAUUAUACCAUUGCCCGAACAUGACAGGACGAUGUGGGAAGGAAUUUGUUACUCUAGCCGCUCUGUUCAACCACCUGGAGAGUGAGUCCUGCGGCUUUACGAGGUUCGAAAAGGUACAGCUGCAGGCUCAGAAUCUGUUCGAUCGCAACAAAAUGAUUGCAUUCUAGAACAAUUAGGGGCUUUACUGAUACCUUUAC